AUGCCACGGCUUACCUGGGCGGAGGUCCUUCUGGGGCACGUUUUCCCUUGGGCAUCCAAGCCUGAAGUAGAGCCGACUGCACGGCAGGGGUUGAUGCUGGCCAUCGUGCAGCGAUGGAGGCAGAUGGAGCUGGCUGGAAACGAACAAUGCGUUGAGGCAUUGCAGCUAGUGUCCUUCAUUCCAACAGUAGAUGGACAGAUGCGAAGUCCAGCCACUCUUUUAGAUCCGCGAAAGGAGGACUUGAAGCUCCUGUACAUGGGAGAUGGGCCUUUCCCUGCAGCAGAAGUGAAUGCAGUGCUUCUUCCCUUGAUGCAGAGAGGCCUUUUGAGGUGCAGACAGGAACUAUCUUUAAAGGAGCUCCACGAACGACUUGUCUUCCUUGACAGCAAACACCAACUUGCGGCAAAUAGCCCUGAAGAGGGAGAAUGGGACAAGGUGAAGAGCUGUGCUGAAAACUUUCUGCAGUACGCGGCCACGACGGUUAGCAUGAAAUGCCAAGAGGUACGCACGGCAGCAGCUGCAGCUGCAGUCCCAGAAGCACCAAGCACCUCACCAUCAGCUUCUGCAGCCAAGAAAGAGAAAGCACACAGUUUCUUUUCAUGGUCAUCUAUCAUGCCAUUGGGCGACUUCUUGACGGCUGCGACGGCGAGCAGUCUGCCUGAGAAGGUUGAAUCAUUGGAAAAGAGAGAGGAAUGGGCAGAAGAUGAUGUUGAGACCCUCAAAUGCAAGUUUCGUUCCUGCCGGUGGAUUCCUGCAGCAAAAGCGCCGCGAGAAUGGCUUGCUGCCAUUCCUUGGGCUGGCAGUGCUCACAAACUCUGGCGGCCAUCAGAGCUCGUCCUGAUGUCUGAUUUCUGGACUUGUGGUGCUGCUAGUCCAGUCCUUGACCUUGAAACACAGGUGGUUCUCUCGGGUGAGCGGAAGCCGAACUUACACAGUGACUUUCUGGAAUUGCUCGGUAUUUCCUCCCUGCCAGAAAUUCAAAGGAUUCACUGUGCCUGGGCGCAGUUGGAAACCAUUCGUUCAUGGUCGCAAAAGCAUCCAGACGGCAAAGCCAACGAGAGCGAAUCAGCUUGGAUCUCCAAGUGUCUCUAUCACUAUGUGUAUCCAUUGAUAACAGGUGAAGCCAGAGCAAAUGAGAUGGAGGGAAAGUCCAAUGGAUGCCAGUUGGAUGAGAUUUUUGUAGCUGGAACGUUUGUGCCAAUAGAAGAUCUAUCUCUGUCGCAAGAUUUUGGCAUUGCAGGUUUGCAUCAGAUCCCCAAAGAACUGCAAACAACAGCUCGAAAGCUUUGCAGCCAAAUUCGGCCAAAAUUUCAGGCCAAUGAUUUGGCGAGAGCUUUGUACCGACUUUCACAGAAGAAUGCCGGCCCGGUCCCAAACGGCAACUCAAACGGCAACCAGUUGUCUCCCGGUGAAACUGAGUCAGCAGUGCAUCUCGCCAUGGCUCUUUCUGAGCGAAUCAGAUCACAAGGAGAAGAUCUCCCGGAGCAUGUCAUGGUACCAACAACUCAGGGAAAACUUCGCCCGGCUGAAGAGUGUGUUUUCAACAACAUGAGAUGGCUCUCAGAGGAGGAGCAACACAAAAGAAAUCGAGCCGUCACCAGUAGUGGCCUUCAUUGGGUUCACCAGAGCAUUUCGAACGAUGUCGCGGUUUCAUUGAACGUACAAGCCUUGAGUACUCAAGUUGCAGCAGAAGCUUUAGCUGCUGCAGAUGACGGGGAGAAAGAUCCGGAGUGGUUUGAGGCUGCUGGACAGACUGAACCCCUCACCACUCGGUUGCGUUCUUUAUUGCGGGACAUUUCUGAAUCUGAGGACUUAGGUCUCUUCAAAUCUUUGCUGCAAAACGCGGACGAUGCAAAAGCUUCCGAAGUGCACUUUGUGUGGGACUGGCGCAGCUUUGGACGGCAAUCUCUCAUGUCGCCAGAGAUGGGGCGAUGGCAGGGACCCUGCCUUUGGGCGCACAACAACGCUUCAUUCUCUCCACAAGACUUUGAAAAUAUCACGCAACUGGGUGCAGUGAAGAGCACAAGCCGCAAAGCACAGAUCGGGCGUUUUGGACUGGGCUUCAACUCUGUCUACAGCUUGACCGAUUUGCCAAGCAUCUUAAGUGACGAUGUGGUGCUCUUCCUAGACCCUCAUGUGCACCACUUGAAGGCAAUGGGUGCAUCACCAGCAAAGCCAGGAAUCAAGCUGAGAUUUCUCAAGAUUGAUGUCCUUGACAAGUUUCGAGAUCAAUUUGAGCCCUACCAUGGCAUGUUUGGGUGCGAUCUGAAAUCCUCUACACGUUAUCAAGGCACAUUGAUUCGAAUGCCAUUCAGAACACCGGAAGCAGCCAAGGCAAGUGAAAUCAGCAAAACUCUGGUAUCGCAGGAGUCAGCCAUGGCAUUUCUUCGUGCCUUCAGAGAUGCUGCUGCUGAAUGCCUGGUGUUUUUGCAGCAUGUUCAACGGAUUGUUUUUAGCUGGAUUCCUUCAGAUGCUGGUGCAAAUGGGACACCUCAAACCUUUAUGGAAAUCAAGAUCACACCACCUGGAAUCCCACUGUCUCUCGACGCUCCUAAGUGCAGCAAUUCCAGCAGUUCCAGCAAACAGGCAGGAGAAUCAGUUGCUCUGUCUGUUGAAAUUUCCACCGAUGAGCAGGCACUAGAGUACCGUCGUUUGUUUUCUUCCAGAACAGUUGCACAGAGCAAAGAAAAGCAGUCUUUCAUUUCCGACAUGUUGAAUCGCUUGGGAAUGUCCAAGUCACAUCCAGAUGUGCGCCCGUACAUUUCGUUCAAUUUAGUUGUUUCGAUCUCUUGGUCACCUCCGAUGGAAUUGCAGAAAGAGUUCGACAGUGAACCUUACAAUCGAAAGGAGGCAUGGCGCUUGAUACUUCAGCACGACAAUCCGGAAGAUGAACGAUGGGCAGGAAGUCGAAAUGAACCUGAAACUUCAGAGGCAGCAGAAGCGAGCUUUGCUUAUGUGCCAUUCGGAGGUCUGGCGCUUUGCCUUUCGCGGCUUCUUCGCACUGAAGAACCACGGAUUUGUUGUUUCAUGCCUUUGCCGAUCACGAGCUCUUUGCCUUUUUUGAUCAAUGCGAACUUCUGCCUGAGCGAUCCGACUGCUCCGGGUCGUUUGGAUUUGGUCAGACCAGGAAGCACUUCAAAUUCGAAGUCUGAUUGGAACGGACUCAUUUUGCGCAACAUCAUAGAACCUUUGAUUUGUACUUUGAUUCAUGAGCAAUCUGCAGCACUUCAGGCCUUUCGCUGCCAAAAAUCAGCAAAUGUAGCUGUUUGGGCUGACCGGGAAGGGGUGUGUUCUUUGAUGCCACGGAAAUCUCAGCUGCCCUUGAGUUUGCAACAGCUGUUGAACCUUCCAACCAUUUACGCUUCCCUCAGCCACAGUGCACUUUUCCCGGUACUUUCCUUUGAGACAGGCAGUGCAGGACAGACUGAGUUCGGGAAGUAUACAGGACACACUCAGUUUGCGGAGUUUUUGGACGCAAGUGGCUUGCGAACAGCUGCGCCCCUGGUAUCUUAUGUGGAUUCUGUGCAGCCGCUGCCUGAUGACAUUGGAACAGUGGACCAGAGACAAGCCGUGCAUGAAUACUUGUGCCACUUUUGCCAGCCAAAGGAAGGCAAGUAUCGCUUUUGCGACGUGGUUCCUGAAGUACAGCAGGAAUUCUCGUCUGCAGGUCUCAAGCGCAAGGCGUACGUCGACCGCUCUUUGGUAUUGUCAUGUUUGCGCCAGGACUCACAUCACAAAUACAGUUGUGCUACGGCUUCCAAACUCGUAGGCUUCAUUCUGAGUGGAGAGCAGGAUGACUCGGCUUCAAAGCUGCAAGGGUUGAAGCUGGCUCCGCUCUGUGACAACAAGGUGGCCUGUUUCGGUGAUGGAUCAGAUCAACUGCUUUUCUGUGCCUUUGUCUCAGACAACUCCCGAAGCUCGUUUGCCCAGCGAGUUUUGCAACAACUUGCUUCCAAAGCAACCUUAGAUUUGUCUGGCCUAGAUGCAAGAAGCCACGAGAGGCUACGCAGACAAGCCGACAAACUUGGAAUUCGACAUGUUGAAAAGUGUGAACAGCUUUCGGAAGCUUUGCUUCUGGCACUUCCAAGCAUUCGUGCUUCCGCUCCCUCCUCAUCCGUUCUGGCGUCAUUGGACGAAACCUUCGCAGGACGCAUUCUUGGAAGCACUCGUCAAGCCGCUGCUGGGUCGCUCGGCUUCGGAAGUGAUGAACAUGCCAGUUCCACACUUUGCGCACUUUGGUCAUUUGUCCAGUUGGCAGAAGAUGGCUUGUCUGAUGAAUUUCUGUCCGCCUUUGACGGUUUCUAUGUGGUGCCUGCAUGGAAUGCAGCAAGAUCUGGGACGCAGAAUUCGGCAUCAAGUAUUGAUGCGCCUUUGAUGCUCGUUCCCCUCAGCGCCUCAGAGCCGCUGUUGCUUCCAGAGUGUGAGCAGAAUUUGGAACCCUUGAUGGAGGUUGCUGCAACUUUGGUUUCGGAUCGAUUUGUUGACAAAAGUCAUCCGGCCAUGUCAAGCACUCAGACCCUGAAACACCGAGUAAUCUCGGGGCACACGUGGGCUACCCUACAAGGAUUUGCCAGCUUGUCUACUUAUGAGCCACAUGUCAGCGCUUGCAGCCGGACCAACGCGAGCUGCUACGUUGUGGACUGA